AUGAACGGCUCCCGGGCCCCCCACAACGCCACGGGGGCUGUGGAGGACGCCAUGCGGCUCAUCGCCAUCAGCACCAAUGCCCUGGUUUUGGGCCUGGGCCUGGUCGGCAAUGGACUGGUGAUCUGGAUCACCACGGCCGGCCGGGCCGGGCCGCUCACCUUCCCCUCAGCCUGCUACCUCCAUCUGGCUGUGGCCGACCUGCUCUUCUCCGUAGGGCGCAUCCCCGCCAUCGUCCAAGAGGCCUUGAGGUCCCGCUGGCCCUUCGGCCGAGCCCUCUGCAAGCUUCACUCCUUCGCUCGCUACUUGGUCGUCUUCGCCGGCGUCUUCGUGCUCACCCUCAUCAGCCUCCACCGUUGCCUGCUGGUGGCUCAGCCCGUCUGGGUCCGGAACCACCACAGGCCCCGGCUUGGGUAUUGGCUGAUCGCUGGGGCCUGGAUCCUGGCCAUCUGCUUCAGCAUCCCCUAUCUGGUGGUCAGGGAUGUGGAGACCAAACGGGGGGAGUUCUUCUGCGUCUACCGGACAGACCUGCGGCAUUUCGUUGAGAUGCCCCUGAGGUUGAGCCGGUUCCUGGGGGGGUUUCUGGUCCCUUUUGCCAUCAUCGCCACGUCCUACGUGGUCUUGAUCUGGAAGCUGAGGAGAAGAAGCUGGGCGGGUUUCCAGCGGACCUCCGCCUUGGUGCUGGCCGUGGUGGCUCUCUUCUUUGUUUGCUGGUUGCCCCAUCACGUCCUGGUUCUGCUCAGUACGAACCAGGUGGACAAAGAGAUCUGGGGUGUGGCGCUCAAGCUGGCCAACGCCUUGGCCUACCUCCAUAGCUGUCUCAACCCUGUGCUGUAUGGGCUGGUGGGGUUCGUCCGGAGCAAGGGGCGCCGGAGGGGCUCCUUCCUGGGCAUCUUCCGCAGGGCCCUGGCUGAGGAAGAGGAGGGAUCGGGUGGGAUGGAGACGUCACAGAGCACCAGACGGACUAGCUGA